AAUUGCUAAUAUUUUACUCACCGAUUUGCCAAUGACAUUAUUAUUAUAUUUAUAUCUAUAAACCACCGGUCGCAUUUCUAUCGACUUCCUCCUUCCUCCCUCUGCCCUUCAUGUUGAAUGCAAGUGUUUUGUUUCAGCUCUCUUGACAAACCCAUUAAACCCCAUUCCAUUUAUUGCAUUUAUCCUUCAAAAUCGACACAAAAUAUGGCUCCUGCUCACUCUUCUAACACCUACAUUCUAUUCUUUUGCCUCCUAACAUCUCUCUUCUCUGCCAUUAGAGCUACUUUUAACCUCACACUCCCUCAUCAACACCCUAAUCCUGAAGCUGUUGUUCAAGAAGUACAAAGGAGACUGAAUGUGUCGAUUUACAGAAGAGAAAUGCUGGACACCGGCGGUGGAUGUCUCACCGGAAACCCAAUCGACGAUUGUUGGCGCGGUAAAGGCGGCCAGAUCUACGUCGUCACCGACUCUUCCGAUCACGACGUCGUCAGCCCAACUCCGGGCACCCUCCGUUACGGCGUCUUACAAACCGAACCCCUCUGGAUCGUCUUCUCAUCCAACAUGGUCAUCAAACUCAAACACGAGCUCAUCGUCAACAGCUACAAAACCAUCGACGGCCGCGGUGCCAACGUCGCAAUCACCGGCGGUGGCUGUAUUACGCUCCAGUACGUCAGCAACGUCAUCAUCCACAACAUACGCGUCUACGACUGUAAACCAUCGGGGAAUACUAACAUACGGUCAAGUCCAACGCAUGUUGGGUAUAGAGGCAAAUCCGACGGUGAUGGAAUAUCCAUCGCUGGAUCAAGAAACCUAUGGAUAGAUCAUUGUUCUCUCUCCCACUGUACGGAUGGCUUGAUUGACGCUGUUUUGGGGUCCACCGCCAUUACCAUUUCAAACAGCUAUUUCACUCAUCAUAAUGAAGUUAUGCUCAUGGGUCAUGACGAUGCGUACAUGCCUGACAAAGGGAUGCAGGUCACAUUUGCAUUUAAUCAUUUUGGGAGAGGUUUGAUUCAAAGAAUGCCAAGGUGUAGACAUGGAUAUUUCCAUGUUGUAAACAACGAUUUCACAGAAUGGAAGAUGUACGCCAUUGGUGGCAGUGCUGACCCGACAAUCAAUAGUCAGGGAAACCGCUAUAUUGCACCACCGAAUGCAGACUCCAAAGAGGUAACGAAGCGAGUGGACACGGAUGAGGGAAAUUGGGCGGGGUGGAACUGGCGGACGGAUGGUGAUAUAAUGGUGAACGGUGCGUUCUUCGUGCCCUCAGGUGAUGGCAUGAGUGCCAUCUAUGCGAAGGCGGCCAGCUAUGAACCAAAGUCGGCCGCCCUCGUAACCCAGCUCACGAUGAACGCGGGAGUCUUUGGUGGACCCAGGGAUGAUGAUGGAAGCGAGUCAUUCACUGAUGGCACCAUCACUGGGGAUAGUGCAAGUGGGAACACGGGGAGAAGCGGUGGCGGUGGUGAUGAUGGUGACUACUUUGGGAUGAUAUUUGGUGGUGGCUCGGUUGCAGUAUCACCACCUCCGGUCACCAUGUUUUUUAUUAUUUUAGUUUUAUACAUUAUAACCACCAACAACAAUGGUGGUUUAUUUUCAUUAUUAUUAUUCUUAUAGUGAUUAAUUUGGAGAUUUUUAUUGCUAAAUUAAAAGAGCAAGAAAAAAGAAAAGGUGACAAGAAAGAUCAUCAUUUUGGUCCC